CUCCUCCCAUUGUGGGAGGGCUGAUGCUGCUGUCUCUGCAGACCAGGAAGAAAUGAGAGAAGAUUAGAAUGGCUGCAUCCAGAUACUGGGAGAAACUGCACGAUUUCAGCCGCAAAUACAGGGAGUAUGUGGUGCAGAACCCCAGCGGCGCCACCCAGCUGGAGGGGGCAGUACGCAUGGUGUCCUACCUAAUAGCAGGGCGAUUUUCAGAUUCCCACGAGCUGUCUGAGUUGGUGUAUUCUGCCUCCAACUUGCUGGUUUUACUCAACGAUGGGAUCUUGAGAAAGGAGUUACUGAAACCGGCCCCUACUGAUGCUUCUCGACAGCGGCUCCUUAAUUGGCUUGGGAUCCUGGAAAGUCUGGAGGUUUUUAUUGAGAUUGGAGCAGCUCGUGCCUGGGGCGAGAGAACCAGAUGGGUUGCCAUUCUUCUUAUCCAACUUCUCAAGGCUUGUUUACGCAUCGUUCUCCUUCUCUGGUACAAAGCUGGGAUACAAAGUUCACCUCCUGUGACUCCAUUGGACAGAGAGGAAACCCUAAAUCGGUCAGGUGAAGACAACAGCAGAGAGGACAGCAGCUUUGUGGGCAGACGGUCUAGUCGUUCAGUACGUUCCUUGUCUGAUGCCCCUUCCUCCCGCCGCCGCUACUGGAGGAGCCCACAGACCCAAGAAGGACACCAAAGGAGAACGAGAGACGAGGAGAGAAAUGGAGAACCCAGUGAACUCGGGAUGCUGGGCACAGUUGCAGAAACGGUUCACAUCCUCAGACCCAUCACACAUCUGGUGAGUUUAGCAGUAUGGGGUCAGAAAUCGUGGAAACCCUGGAUGUUAGCAGCUGCGUUGGACAUAACCAGUCUAUUGAAACUGAGUGACACUCAAAACCUGAAUCGUAAAGAACGAAGAGAACUGAGACGUCGGACCCUCCUCUUACUGUAUUACCUGCUGCGUUCUCCCUUCUACAACCGUUACACAGAGGCUCGACUCCUCUUGCUGCUGCGUCUGUUGGGAGACUAUGUUCCAGGACUCGGUUUGGUUGCAAGACCUCUUAUGGACUACCUACCUGUCUGGCAGAAGAUCUAUUUCUAUAACUGGGGCUGAAGGCACUUCGUAGAUGGACUCUUGGUUGCCCAUUACUGGAUGCAAUACUCGGGGAACAGACGGCUGAACAGUUUGCUGGGCCCAUUACAAUGCCAUCAUGGACGGGUCUAUAGACUGUCUCCUUCUAGAUCCCAGAUAUCCUAACGUGGAGCUGAAUGUCUGUCAUGCACAAAUUGCACCCCCUAAUUCUAUCACUGCUCAUCCUACCCAGCUCUCUUGGAUAUGUUGUCCCUGGUGUAACUUGCAGGAAUAUCAUUACAAGUCAAUGUGGGGUUUAUUUACUAAACUCUGAAUUCUAGUGAAUUUAAAUCCGAAUGGCAAAAUUGAGGAUAAAAUAGAAAAGCUGGCACUGUAGCUGAGCUGUAGCCAUUAGCCAUUUUGGCCUCAAGUUUACCAUUCAGUUUUCAACUUGCUCCAAUUCAGAGUUUAGUGAAUGAGCUCCUACGCAAUGUCUAUGUUAUUACAAACUUUAGCAAAUACUCACAAACCAGCAUUACUGUAUAUAGAGCGUUGUAUGUGUGGAAUGCACACCGGACACGAUGUGAGCUUUAACUGGUUAAUCCCUAACAUAGAACAUUAUUCUCAAACUGCUAUCAGACUGCAAGUCUCAGGCCUCAUGUAGACCGCUGUUGGGAAUGCAAAGUCUAACACAAAGAGCAAUUAGAGAUGGGAUCUGUAGGAUUUUUAUCAUUUCCUUAUACGAGCCAAUCAAUGGACUGUACAUAUAAUAAAAUCUUUCUAUUCUCUUUA